AUGAGUGCCCAAAUAUCUUUCCUGGAUGGGACCUACACGUUGAUCCACAUCCCCCUCGACUUGUACACGACAUUUCUUCAACCCAUUCUUCGAGUCCUCAUCCCCCAAACAGCGCGCCUUCAUCUCGGGGCAGACUUUAAACCUGACGUCGACGAGCUGGACGGUCUUUCCGAGGAAAACCAGCAUGGCUUCUUGAACAUUAGUGUCACACCGCUGGAGGCAUCUAUUGUAUGCCACACAUCAUGGGCAAAGGAAGUCUUUGAGCCCGUCAUCAACUCCUUGCCGGCGCAAAAGGCCAAGACCGUUUCAGUAUUUACCGAUUCAUACAUGGUUCUGUCCGUCAUUGGCGCUGGCCUGGAUGCUGCCACAAGGGUGUUGGAGCUCAGCUCUCCACUUGCACUGGCCGGUAUUCCCAUCUUCUUUAUCACGACGUACUACUCCGACUUUAUUUUGGCGCCAACUCGAGAAAGACAAAAUGUCAUAGCAGCCCUAUGCGAGAAGGGCUUCGAAAUGUCCGAGAACCAGUCCAACUCUGUCACUUCCCCCACGUAUAGUCGCAAGAACUCGGAGUCCCAUCACUCCGCGUCUCCGCCAAGCACCCCGCCUCCCUCGACUGACAAUGAGCUGCAAUUGCGAACGUUUGAUCUUCUGCACAAGCGCAGCGUUGCUCCCUAUGUGGAUGAGGACCUUGAGUUGGUUCAGUGCUCUGGGCGAGAAAUUUCUCAGCUGGCUGAUGCUUACGGACACCGGUCGUCCAUUAGCCGUCACACCGUAACAGACAACCGCCAAUCCUGGAUUGAGAAUGUUGACACAAAACUAUACGCGUCCUUGAUAUCUGUUCUCAUCUCACAGCCGCGAUUUAUAUCCAUUACACUAGCUCAUGAAGAUCCUCCAUCGCUUCUAAUGGAUAAGAAUCUCCUUGGCCUUUUUAGCGACUCGCUCGUCGGCGACAUGGACAACAUUCUAAUCCCUAUAUUCCUUGAUCUUCUCAACCUAUCAUCCGAGGUCACUGGCAUUGUGUGCGGGGUGUCAGGUCGUCUGGUUGAUGAAAUGAAAAUGACGGCCACGUCGGAGCUGUCGUACCUAUCUACAGCACGCGCAGGCGUGGUUAUCCUGCCAGAAGAGCAGUCCACGCGCGCACUCGAUAUUUUGAAACCACUUCUGCAAAAGGACGAGUAG